AAUGUUAGUGGUGGGGACUGGGGAGUAUUAAAAAACUGUUUUGUUAUGGCGUCCCGUGUUUUUAUAUCCCGUUAAUGUUUAUUAUUUUGUAUAAGAAGUUAAAAGAUUCCUUCGUUGAAAAUGAGUAGUUGGAAAAGUGUCAGUGAUGAAUGUAGUUAUGGCAUAGCGAUAUACAACUUCAAUUUUCCUGAAGAAUACAAAUUGAAACUAACUGUUGGAGAUGCAGUUCACAUUUUGGAUGAAGAAACUGAAUGGUACUAUGGUUACCUUCUCAGUAACAGACAUGUUAAGGGUAUAUUUCCCAAAAACUACAUUCACAUAAAACGAUGCGAAAGGGUUGAGGAUACCAGGCCAGUCUUGAAGGAACCCCCAAUCACUCAAGAAAUCACAUCUGUUCUCAGGGAAUGGGGUGUACACUGGAAAAAUUUAUAUGUCACCCACAACAAGCAUUUCGAACAAAUGAAAAAUCAAAUUUAUGAUCUAAUGACACAUCGAAGUAAAAUAAUUAGCGGCACAUUGCCCGUGGAUGAACUGAAAAGAGUUACAAAACAAUCAGCCGAAGAAAUCGAUAUCGGAAACAAGAUAUUAGGUUUAGAUUUAGUAGUUAGGGACAAAAAUGGUAACUUAAUUAAUCCCGAUGAUACUAGCACCAUACAACUCUUUUAUCAUCACAAAAAUGCAACUGAACGUAUGAGUAAUAGGGAGAAGCCUGAAAUCAAAGAAGUACAACCAAAAACUGCCAUCCAGCAGUACUCUAACAUAUUUUUAUUAGCUGUAAGAAAUUUCACAUGUAAAAUGUCGGAAGAUGCAGAGCUACUCAUGACAUUGUAUGAUGGUAAAGAAUUUAAAGCCAUCACGGAAAGUUAUGUGGUACGGUGGACCAAAGAGGGAUUAAUGAGUGAUCUGGACCAAAUGUACAAUUUAAGGGUUAUGUUCACAGACUUGGGCAAAAAAGAUUUGGAAAGGGAAAAGAUAUUCCUAGUUUGUUACGUUGUACGAGUUGGAGCAAUGGAUACCAAAGAAGUAGAUCACAGAAGAAGUUCAGUUAGUGUUUUCAAUAAAAAAGGUUCAAAUGAGAACAUGCGCAGGCCAUGUGGGGUGGCUGCAUUCGAUAUCACUAAUUAUAUGAACGGAAAACUUGACACGGAUCUCGAAGAAGAAUUUGCUGUACCUUUUGUUGGUUGUGAUAAGGACAACUUGGAACAAACCUUAAAGAAAAUCAUCACUAAAGAAAGACUUGAAAACAAGAAUCAGGCAUUAUUUGUUAGUAUGAAACUACUUAGAGGUGACUUGAAACAGGUGAGAGAGGAAAAUCCGCACUUAGUUCUCGGCAAUGUAUCAGUUGCCAGGAAGAUGGGUUUUCCAGAAGUAAUUUUGCCUGGUGACGUUAGGAAUGAUCUAUAUUUAACACUCAUAGGUGGAGAGUUUAGUAAAGGAAGUAAAAAAAGUGAGAAAAAUGUUGAAGUUACUGUUAAAGUUUGUAACGAUAAGGGGCAAGCUAUUCCUGGUGUUAUAAGCUUGGGUGGGGGUGUGCAACCUAUAGAUGAAUAUAGAUCUGUUAUUUAUUAUCACCUGGAUAGGCCCCAGUGGUACGAAACAUUCAAAGUUGCAAUACCAAUAGAAGAGUUCAAAACUAGUCAUUUGAAAUUUACCUUUAAACAUAGGUCUUCCAAUGAAGCAAAAGAUAAGAGUGAAAAACCCUUUGGUAUGUCCUACGUUAAAUUAAUGCAAGAAAACGGCACGACACUGCCAGAUGCUAGGCACAGCCUUAUAGUCUAUAAAAUCGAUUACAAAAAAUUCGACGAGAGUAGUUUAGAUUACUUUAAAUUGCCUUCCACUACACAUGAAAUUAAAGAGUAUCCUAAAGAGAAACUUCAAGUACCUGGUUUGAGCGUUUCUACAAAGGACUCCUUCAGUAUCUCUAGUAACAUUUGUUCAACAAAAUUGACACAAAACGUGGACCUUCUUGGUCUAUUGAACUGGGCUUCCCACAAAGAGACUUUAACAGAUUCCCUGAGAGCUUUAAUGAAAGUAGAUGGAGAAGAGGUAGUAAAAUUUUUGCAAGAUAUCCUCGAUGCCUUAUUUAAUAUCCUCAUGGAUAACCCAAAGACUGAUAUGUAUGAUACUCUAGUUUUUGAAUGCCUACUGCAUAUCAUAAGUUUAGUUAGCAACGACUGGAAAUAUCAACAUUUCGAACCCGUUUUGGAUUUGUAUAUAAAGGAGAGUUUCAGUGCAACGCUGGCAUAUGAGAAAUUGAUAUCAGUAUUAAAAGCGGUCGUUAGUCGUGCUGGAGAUAUAAGUAGCCACGGCAAAGGAGAUUUGGUGUUCAAAACGAUGAAGGCUCUUCAAUAUGUUAUGCGAUUUGUGUCCAGGUCGAGGAUUUUAUACAUGGAACUUUAUCCUGAUAUCGAUCCCGAUGAUGAAUUUGUUGAGAGUUUAAGAGAUUUAUUGCAGAGUAUUAUUUUUAUGAUGUCUUCCAAUAAAGAUGGCUUGCUGAGGGAGCAAGGAGCGUGCCUCAAAUAUUUACCUAGUACCAUACCUGACAUCCUUUUGGUUUUUGACCAUAGAGAGUUAAGUGUAAUAUUGUGUGAUAUGUUGAACAAUAUUCCUCUGGGCAGACUGACAAAGCAGAAAAUGAUGACGAUCAACGAGAUCGUUCAUAGUAAAUUAUUUUUAUAUCCCGAGUGUAGGAAAAUAUUACUACCAAUUAUUUCACAGCAAGUAAAAUCUUUGUUUGAGGCGAAAGAAGAGGGUCUUCUAUUGAGACAAGAUGGGAGGAGACAGAAUAGAUCGGUGGCCAAGGUUGCUCAGCUUCUGGGAACGACACAACAUUGCGUCAAUCAACAUGUGGGAUAUCCGGAAGAGGUAGAAUUGUGUAUCAAAAUAAUGAGUGAUAUAAUGGAAUUACUUUUCCGUAAAGACGUUGGUCCGACCUACAACGAUUUAACAGAAAUUAUUCAAACUGACAUGAGAACUAUUAUUCAGAGCCAUAUUAAGAUGGAAAGAGAUAACCCACAUGCUAGCAAUUUGGUGGCUGUAAUGAUAGACAUCUUCCGACAGAUGACGGUAGACCAUUAUAAUUUCUACAUUAAUAAAUUCACAACAAACUUUGACGUACUCGAUUUCCUCAUGGAAAUACUGGUUGUUUUCAAAGAACUCGUUAGUAGUUCCGUAUUUCCCAAAGAUUGGUUUGACAUGAUUAUGCUUCAAAACAGCGUAAUCUUGAAGUCCCUGAGAUUUUUCUCACACACUAUCAGAGACUGCUUUUUUCAAAAGUUUGAACAUGAUGCAUGGAGUAAUUUUUUCCAUUGUGCGAUAGCUUUUAUGACCCAGGAAGCUUUGCAAUUAGAAAAUUUCUCUGUUAACAAGAGAAUGAGAAUCGUCAACCAGUACAAAGACAUGAGGAGAGAGAUGGGUUUUGAAAUCAGGUCUAUGUGGUUCAAUUUGGGUCAAAACAAAGUACAAUUCGUGCCUUCGUUAGUAGGCUUAAUUCUAGAAAUGACACUUAUUCCAGAAAUGGAAUUACGGAAAGCUACUAUUCCGAUAUUCUUCGAUAUGAUGCAAUGUGAAUUCUAUUCGUCCAGAUAUGAAAUUGAAAGUUUUGGUGAUACAAAACGAGACUCCUCUCAUAUAAAGGGCAAUUUUACAAACUUUGAAAAUGAAAUGAUUGUAAAAUUGGAUACACAUUUUGAAGGUGGUAAGGGCGAUAUCGAUUAUAAGAAACUAUUUCAUGACAUUAUGAUGGAACUCUGUGGCAAACAUACUACAAUGCAUGAGGACGGUAUCAAAUUUGUUAAAAUUGUUUCACGUUUAAUGGAAAGCUUGUUGGAAUACAGACAAAUUAUUACGGAUGAGAAUAAAGAAAAUACCAUGAGCUGCACUGUUAAUUUAUUGGAUUUCUAUUCGGAGAUCAACAAAAAAGAAAUGUAUAUAAGAUAUUUGAAUAAAUUAUUCGAUCUUCAUUUGGACUGCGAUAACUUUACCGAAGCCGCUUACACAUUGGAAUUACACACGAAAUUAUUGAAUUGGUCUGAAGAAGCUCUGUCUCCACUGCUUAAGGGUGAAAAGUAUGUGACAGAAAAAACCCACAGACAACUUAAAGAAACCUUGUAUUACACUAUUAUUGACAAUUACAGUAAAGGCAAGAUGUGGGAGUGUGCUAUAAAGAAGUGCCAAGAAUUAGCUGAGCAAUAUGAACAAGAGACGUUCGAUUACGAUCAUUUAAGCGAUUUGCACAAACGUAUGGCAGUUUUUUAUGACGAUAUAAUGAAGAAGGCUAGAGCCGAACCCGAAUAUUUCCGUGUCGGUUAUUUUGGAAAGGGUUUUCCCCAGUUUUUACAAAACAAGAUUUUUAUUUAUCGUGGUAAAGAAUACGAGCGAUUAGCAGAUUUUAAUGCAAGGAUUCUUAAUGAGUUUCCAAAAGCAGAACUUUUAAACAAACUUACACCUCCUGGGGAAGAUAUUACUGGAUCAGACAAACAAUACGUUCAGAUCAACAAAGUUGACCCUAUAAUGGACGAAAAGAAGCAGAGAUUUUCCGGCAAGCCAAUAGCUGAUCAAAUCGUGAAGUUCUAUAAAGUUAAUAACAUUCAAAAGUUUACCUUUUCUAGACCUUUUACAAGAAAAGAUCCUCUUAUGGAAACGGAGAACGAGUUUGCUCAUUUGUGGCUAGAAAGGACAGAAUUGAGUACUACUUACCCUUUGCCGGGAAUACUGCGUUGGUUCCCGGUUCAAUAUGUUAAUGUCAUUGAAAUUUCACCUUUACAAAACGCUAUAGAAACAAUGGAAAAAACAAAUAGAACCUUGACGAAUUAUAUUAACGUUUUUAAUAAAGACAAUAAUAUGCAAAUAAAUCCUCUUAGUUUAACACUAAAUGGUAUCCUAGAUGCGGCUGUCAUGGGAGGAAUUAAAAACUAUGAAGAAGUUUUCUUUACAUCCGAUUAUGAAGUUCAUCAUGCUGACGAUAAAUUGUUAUUGGAGAAGCUGAAAGAUCUGAUUGCCGAUCAGAUACCUUUAUUGGGCCACUGUGUGCAAAUUCACAAGAUGAAGGCUCCCGAUAACUUGCAGCCUUUACAGAAAAGAUUAGAAGAAUGUUUUGCUAUAAUGAAGGCUGAUGUGGAAGAGAAAUAUGGGAAAAGAGAGUCUGACAUUAAAUUAGAAAAUGAGGUGCAAAUGAGGAGACAUUACAGUAUAACAAGCGACAGACUUUCAGAUAUUACAAUCACACCUGAUAAUGUUGGUGGUCGUAGCCGAGUGUCGAGUUUAACAAGAGGCCAAGUGGCAUCGUUGAAAAAUUUCACAUCAAAUUUUAAUUUUACUACCUCCUCGCCUAUGGUUAACAGCCGAUCAACUCAUCACAGCCAUUCCAAAAGCCUCAUAUCAUCCCCGACAAAAAGCCUUACCAACACUCCGUCGUUAAGUCAUAAAAAAUCACACAAGACCAAAGAAAAAAGAAGAUCAAGUAAGUCUGACAUUGCUAGUCCGUCCAACACUAAUACCGCGACUCAGUGGUACACCUCGGAUAACGAUAACAAUAAUUCUGUUACUCCUAAUGGUGGGUCCACACCGAUAUUCGAACUAACACAAGAGCUUCAUCCAAAGAGGCCUCUCCGUUCUGAGGUAGAAAGAGAAAAACGAUUAAGUCGUCCUUCCAGUGGCCAGUUUUCGAGACCAAAUAGUAUAUCAGUGACUAUUAGAGGAACGGGGAGUUCUGGAGCCAGUAGCAAUAGAGAUUCAAUAGGUACCACUGAUUCUAGCAUAAGUGAGGAAGAUGCAGUGCCUCCGCCUCUACCUGCUAAGCACAGGGAUUUGGAAAACUGCAACUCUUUAUCUUCAAAUGAAAAUUACAGUUUCUUAUAUUCUCAACGGACUUCCAUUUUAAGGAAUUCUUUACAGAUUAAAAUGUCUACCACAGAAACAAUCGAAGUGGAUAUAGACGACAGCGAUUUACCUCCAACGCCCCCUCCAAAACCACCCAAAAAUAAAAGCCAAACCAGUUCAGCUUAACCUAUUAUGAUGUGUAAUCAGCAGGUACUCGCCUAAAUGUCCCUAAUUACAAUUUAGUACAGUUGUAUAUUUAUCAUAUCAAAUCCUUACCUGAAUGUUUUGUAAAUGCUUUUUACAUACCUCAAAAAGGUGCUUUCAAGAUAAAACAUAUUUUUAAUAUUGUUACCAUAAGUGCCAUUUAUCGCUUUUAGGAUACUCCACGAUAAAGAAUGUACUGCAAAUUGUCUUCUUAAAAAGCUUCACAUUUUAGAAUGAAGCGAGUCAAUUUUCCCAAGUAAACUGUUUUGAGAAAGUAUGCUUUAAUCCAUAUUCUAAUCUAAUUAGAUAUCAAAAUAGAAAAAGUAGUUUGUCUACUUUCAAAAAGACUGUAGUUUGUUUAAGCACAACUUGUUUUUAGUACAAUUUGUUAUAUCUCUAGUGGCAAUAGUAGAGUGUGUACUUUUUAUAUUAAUAAUCGUUGAAAUAAGUUUAACACAAAUAUUCCUUGUUUUGUUUUUCUUUUUUGUACUAUAUUUGUAUAAAUUAUUUAUGUGUUUUAACCAAAGAUAGUAUUUUUAUUGUAUAAAUUAUGAAUGUUUAAUACAUUUUCUAUAUAAACAAUUACUACCUUUUUUUCUUUACUUCACAUAUAAAAAACCUAGUCGGUUACUUUUGAAUUUUUUUUGUGUAGUUUUAUUUUGAGAAUGAUAAAACUCUAUGCCACUACAAUGUAAGGAGGGGCCAAUUUCAAUAUGUACUUUUGUGGGUCUUGUUUGUCCCGAGUCAGACCAAAAGGUUCUCCGAAAUUUUUUUUUUUUUUUUGAGAAAAAUUGAACAAAAACCCUAAUAUCUUGAUUCGUUUUAAGAGAAACAGAGGAGAUACAUUUAUCAUUUUUGGUAAGUUUUCUUUUAAUUUUAGGGAUCUUAUUUAUACACAAUGUAUAACUAAGUGGGUAAUAUGUGCUCCCCAGAAUAUACUAAUCUGAAAUUAGUUUAAUUUUUUUAUUUUUAUUGUGACGAAAUAUAAAUAAAAAAGUAACUGAAAAUGCUGCAAAUAAAUAAUUACAGAAUUUUUUAAUCCAACCGUCAAGAUAUGGCGCUUUUUAAACUGCACUUAAAUUCUUGUCUACACUGCUACUGGGCAGUUCCCAAAUCACUAUACUUUUUUUUUGUCAAUAAGGACAAGGCAUUGACAUAAUUCUCGAGUGAUGAUUUAUUAAAUACCGCCUAUUAAUUAUAAGUAAAC